GGCAAGAAGCAGUUCCAGCCGAGAACCGUUAUCAGUUCAGAUGCAAUAACAAGUGAGGCUCCAAUGCGCCCACUACGCAUCUUUCCCUCCACUUCCAGUUCAGAGAAGAUCGCAGCAGUUGCAUUCCGGGUCCGUCCUCUCUCCGUGUGAUUGUGCCAUUAUUUGUCUGUGUGCUGUGGUUAUGCACUUCAUCGAUCUAAUCCCAAGUCUGGUGUAAAUAAAAAUCCCGGAAAUAAAAUUUCCGUAAACUAAAAUGACGGGAACCACCGCUGUACUUUUCACCAUCACGAUUCCCACUAAAGCCGAGGAGCAACGCCAGAAAGAUGGAUAUGUUCAGGUCAUCAAUGGAGAGGUGGCUACUCCAGCCUCAACCCGUCCCGCCAGCAGAGCUUCCACGAUCGAGAGCCUCUCUACCAUCCGAAUUGGUGAAUCGCCGGAGGAGACGCCUCAGAAAUUGGCGAAAGUCCGAUACCCUCCACCCACCAUCCAAAUUCAGACUCCUGAUGGCGGCUCCAGGGAUCAGCUCCUCAACAUGCCACUGGACACCGCUCAGGAGGAAGUGCUGCGAAAGAUCCUGCGAAAGUUCCACAUUCCCAAUGCCAUAUGGUUGCCCAGUUUAGAGGGCACGUCCUUCCACGUCAGUUUUUCCAUGGAGUUUGACGAACGUUACGAGAGUCUCUAUGACGCGCUCCAGGAAUGGGGCAUUGGCGAUCGCGAAGGGUCGUCAGUUUCCGUGGUCAGCUGCUUGGCCAACAGGUCCUACGUCCAGAGAGAGUUCCAGGAGGAGCAGGAGGAUCAGCCAUCAAGUAGCGAGAAUAUCACUGCCCAGAAGCAGGGAAUCUGGAAUAGGUUUAUGAACUCGGUGCGAUCCCGCUUGAAUGUGGCCCAGAUUGUCAGAGAUGUGAGGCAGGAUGCGGCUAUAACCUUUGACUUUUGUAUACUCCUGGUAUCGGCAGCUUAUCUUUAUCUUCUUAGAAUCCUGGCCAGCUUUGGUUUAGUGGAAAACAGUACCAUCUUCUUGGCCUCCAGCAUGCUGAUCUCACCUCUAAUGGGCCCAAUUAUAGCAGCCAUUUUCGGAACAGUGAUCCAGGAUCGAUCGCUUCGUAGACUAGGCAUGCUUAACGAACUUAUAGGCAUCCUGACAGCCACCCUGGUUGGCUUCCUCUUCGGCCUGGUUGUGUGCACAACGAAUCAGAAAUACGCCAUCGGAGAAGGACUCACGGAAGAAAUGCUAUCCCGCUGCGAUCUUCACUCGCUGGUUGUGGGAGUUUUUACGGCGAUUCCCUCAGGAGCAGCAGCUGCCAUCGGCAUCCUGGGCGGCAACAUAGGGUCAUUGGUGGGAGUGGCAAUAUCCGCAUCCUUGCUGCCGCCGGCGGUUAACUCAGGACUGCUUUGGGCCGUGGCCUGCAUCUACAAGUUCUUCGAGAGCGAUGAUACCUUAUACAGAGACGUGGUCAAGACACGUAAGUACUCGGAUAACCAGGCGACGGAACUGGCAGUGCUGGGGACCAUCAGCAUGUGUCUGACCAUCUCCAACGUCCUGUGCGUAUACCUUAUGGGCAUCCUCGUGCUCAAGAUCAAGGAAAUAGCUCCAGUGAUUGGGCGAAAGAACAGGCAAUUCUGGAAGCAUGACAUCAAGCUGGCAAGACACGGAAAUGUCGCGACGGAGGCCGAGAUAAUAGACGAAUUGAUGGCCAAUUUGGCCACCGAAGACCAAAAGGCUUUGGGCACCAUCAACCGGCAGUUCUUACGACACCUGGACGAAACAGGCUAUCAGCACACCUGGUCGCCAUUGAGCAAUCGUCACAGCUACUCGGUGCAGCCGCCUGGAGCAGCUUUCUCAACCAUCCACCGCCUGGAGGAGCUAUACACGAUGCUUGGAAAUGGCCAGCUGCCGGAAGAGCGACGUCAUCGUCGCAGUGUGGUCAGCCGGCCAUCACAAAGAAGCCAUGAUGUUGCUAUCCAACUAAGUCCUCCUCAACCCCGCCCCCGCUUUGCCAGCAUGCCCUCGAAAGUGGGCAAGGAUCAGUCGAUCCAGGAACAUGUCAUACAAGGCCCCAGCAACAAGCGGUUCACGGUCACGCCAGCGCAGGACGAUGAGCAGCUGCCUCGAGAAACCCAUUAAAGCCGAGCCGAGUUUCAUUUUCACAGAUUUUCCAAGACAAAAUAUUUUGUAUACUCUUGAAAAGGGUAUCUUUGUGCCAAAUAGAUCUUAACUAAUCUGUGAAAGCGAAACCUCCCAAUCGGCCAGCAUAACUUAAUUAUUUGUCUAUGUGUAAUGUGUAUUUUGUGCAACAAUAUAACAAUUAGAAGUCCA